AUGAAGUGGCUACUGCUGCUCAGCUUGGUGGCGAUCUCUGAGUGUAUCAUCUACAAGGUUCCCCUUGUCAGAAAGAAGUCCAUGAGGCAAAACCUGAUCCAGCAUGGCCUGCUGGAGGACUUCCUGACGAAGCACAGCCUCAACCCUGCCAGCAAGUACUUCAAGGAGGCCGCCGACAUGAUGGCCACCCAGCCCCUUGAGAACUACAUGGAUAUGGAGUAUUUCGGCACCAUCGGCAUCGGAACCCCACCGCAGGAGUUCACCGUCAUCUUCGACACCGGCUCCUCCAACCUGUGGGUGCCCUCUGUCUACUGCUCCAGCCCUGCCUGCUCCAACCACAACCGCUUCAACCCUCAGCAAUCCUCCACCUACCAGGCCACCAGCCAAAGCGUCUCCGUUGCCUAUGGCACCGGCAGCAUGACAGGCAUCCUUGGAUACGACACCGUCCAGGUCGGAGGCAUCGCUGACACCAACCAGAUCUUCGGCCUGAGCGAGACGGAGCCCGGCUCCUUCCUGUACUACGCGCCCUUCGACGGCAUCCUGGGCCUGGCCUACCCCAGCAUUGCCUCCUCGGGGGCCACGCCCGUCUUCGACAACAUGUGGAACCAGGGCCUGAUUUCCCAAGACCUCUUCUCCGUCUACCUGAGCUCCAAUGACCAGAGUGGCAGCGUGGUGAUGUUUGGUGGCAUUGAUUCUUCUUACUACACUGGAAACCUGAACUGGGUGCCUCUUUCCUCUGAGACUUACUGGCAGAUCACCGUGGACAGCAUCACCAUGAACGGCGAGACCAUCGCUUGCAGCGGGAGCUGCCAGGCCAUUGUUGACACCGGCACCUCUCUGCUGGCUGGCCCAACCAAUGCCAUUGCCAACAUCCAGAGCUACAUCGGAGCCAGCCGGGACUCGAAUGGCCAGAUGGUGGUCAGCUGCUCAGCCAUCAACAACCUGCCCAACAUCGUCUUCACCAUCAACGGCAUCCAGUACCCCCUGCCCCCCAGUGCCUACAUCCUGCAGAGCCAGCAGGGCUGUGCCAGCGGCUUCCAGGGCAUGAACCUCCCCACCGCCUCCGGAGAGCUCUGGAUCCUGGGCGACAUCUUCAUCCGCCAGUACUUCACCGUCUUUGACAGGGCCAACAACCAGGUCGGCCUGGCUCCCGUGGCCUAGGCCUGAGACUUUCCGGCUCCUUCCCAGGAAAACCUGGCCCCAGCUCUGUGCCCGCUCUAGAUGUAUGUAAUUCUCCUCGUCGGUCUGCCCGUGGGGUCAUGGAGGUGGAAACUCGGCCCCGUUCCCUGACACACCAAUAAUGUAGAAUAAAAACAUAACCUCCAGAAAAA